AUGCUUCAACCUCGUUUGGAAAAUGAACACUUUAAUUCAUUACCGAAUUUAUUAACAAGUGAGCGUUCACGUACAGGAUUUAUUACAACUGAUCGGCCUGAUUCUUCACAACUUGUUGAUUUACAUGUUUAUAUUAUUCCAAAAAACGUUUGGAAAGAUGUGCAACAUUUAGCAGAAAAUGAAGCAAUGGAUGAAGCCAUGUCAGCCGGUUUCGUUCAUGUAUCACCUAAUAUGAAAAUAUGUGAUUUGCGUCAAUCCAUCGCACAAUUAUGUGGAACUGAAAGUUUUUUUCCAAGAGAUUUUAUUUUUCUUCGAUCUGUCGGAAGAUGUUUGACUAGAGUUAAACCAAGACAAGAAACGGAAUUAAAAGUUAAGAAUUAUCGUCCACCACAGACAUUUGCACCUGAGAUCUAUUUACUAGAAGGUCGUCAUGAAGACUAUGCACAUAUUCCUUGUGCUUCACCUGCACUCUCAUCAUCUAGUUAUAUGUUUGGUAAUCGUAAUCGAAAUCAUUCGGAUCAUGAUGAUGAUCGAUUAUCACCAACGAGACCAACAAAAAGCUUUCAUCGUAGACCAAUGCGUGGUGGAAAACAUUAUCUACCGGCUGUCAAUGCGCAGGAUUCAUUAUCACAAUAUCCGUCAUCGGGAAGACAAAGUUGGACAAAACUUACACAGAUUGGUUCAGAUCCGGAAGAAUCAUCAACUAACAUUUCUCAUGUUACAAGUAUUGUAUCGAGGGAAUUAUCAAAAUUGAAAGAAGAACAAGAACGUCUUCGUCAGCGACAAGCUGAACUCGAACGAAUGCGUCGAGCUGCUGAAGACAAGAAAGCUCAAUCAGAACGUGAGGAAGAAGAACGUCGUCGUCAGCAACAAGCUCUAACUGGACGAGAAGACGAAGAACGUCGUCAUCGACAAGAAAAAGCCGAAGCUGAACGUCGUCGUUUAGAACAAGAAAAGGCUGAGGCGGCACGUCGCCGUUUAGAACAAGAAAAAGCCGAAGCUGCACGUCGUCGAAUAGAACAAGAAGCAGCUGCAACGAAAAUUCAAGCAUCUUACCGUGGCUUUAAAGAUCGCCAAGCAUUUCGCGAACGUAAACGAAGCGUUCUCAAUGAUGAUGCUAGAAUGUUAUCAUCGAAAUCUCACACAUCAAAGAAAGAAACAGUAAAACCGCAUGAGGAGGAGGAGGAGGAGGAGAUUGAUACUCAUGAUUGUAAUGAGUAUGAUGACUUAUUGGACGGGUUGGAUCCAGUAUUAGAAGUUGAAAAAGAAAGUCAAGCGUCAUUUAAAAAUCAAUCAAUCCAUCGACGAUCCUUACUUAUACCAACACCCAUAGGGAGCAGUGUUAGUCAAAUUUUAACACGAUCAUCAUCGAUCGGAUCGACAUCCUAUCCCGAUUCUUCAAAUACAACACAACCAGAGACAUCAAGAUCCAAACACGAAUCGACAGAAAGUAUCGAUUCGAAUUCCUCAUCUCUACUAUCAAUGAAAAAUCAACGGAGAAAAAAUAAAUCCAAUUUAUCAGCACAUUCAAAAACUCAAGAAACAGUUGAUACAGAACCAUUUACAAUUGAUUCACCUAGACACUCAUCGAACACAAGAAAGCUCCCUCAUGAUAAUGAGAAUAAUCGUAGUCAAACUAAUAAUAAACUGCCAAAGUCAUCACGCAAAUCUUUCCGUAGGCCAACACCUGAAAUUGAUCCUGAAAAACGAAAAAUUGAUGAUGAGAUUGAAUUAGAACGACGCGAAGCCGAAGCUAAACGACGCCGACAAUUGGAAGAGGAAGAACAAAAGAGAAAAGCAAGAGAAUUAGAAGAUCAAAGACGAAGAGAGUUAGCUAAACGACAACGAGAAGAUCCCGAUACACUUCGUGCUCGCCUUCAAGAAUUGCGUGCUCGUCGCGUCGAUUUAGAAAAAAUCCGAGAAGAAGUUAUUAAACAUUUAAAAAAUAUUCAUAAUCGGAUAACAUUACGACGAAAAGAAGCACGUGAUAUGUGGAAGAAAAAAUAUUUUAUUGAAAAGAAAAAAACUCCAACAUUAGAAGAACGUGUUCUAUUAUUAAAAACUGAAUUAGACCAAAUACAUAAAAGAACAAUACAAACUAUUGAUGGUGAAGCAAAACAUGCAACACAAGUGGGUUAUACAAAGGAAGCUGACGUUGGAAAUUUAAUUGUACAAGUAACACGGACUCAUCAUGAUAUUCAAGAUAUCCGUCAUCAAGUUGAACAAGCAAAAUUACGAUUAACAACUGAUGUUAAGUUACGAAACCAAGCUGAAAAUGAAUGCCGCUCUUUACGGCACGAAUUGAAUCAAGCUAAAAUGAAUUUGAAUCAUAUAAAGACUCGUGUUUAA